AUGUUUGCCGAACUCGCUCUCGCUUCUCUCCUCGCCGCCGCUCCGUUGGCUCAGGCAGCUCAGAACGUAACUGUCAAGGCGCUACCGUCUGAAGAUUGCUCAUCUUAUCCGGGUUACGAUGCCGCAGCUAACACGGCCGGGCCCUGGCUCGUUCAAGUAGUCGAUAGCGACAAUACCGCUAUCGAGGGAUUCGGUGACACAUCUGCGUACUCGAUCUCCUUCAACCCUGAUGUUGAUCAAAAGCCAACUCUGCGAUGGGGUUACAUCACAUUCCCAACGAACAAUCAAAUCGCCAAGACCGCCCUGAAGUGUGACGGGGGUGUCCUCAAAGCUUGGGUAUCUACCGAUCUGACAGACGCUGGGGCCCCCACAAAUACCCAAUGGUCGGAAUUGUUAUUCCCCAAGGACGAGCCGUACGACGCUCCCUUGCUAUGGAAAUUUACCGACGGUAUCGCGCCCCAGAUUUUCGAGCACUACAUCGACGGCGAGAAGCAGGACGGUGUGUUCCUAGGUGCCUACAAUACUAGCACUAGGUGGGGACUCAAGUACAACCCGGCAAACUCGGGAUCUUCCCGCCAGGAUUUCUAUUACGCACGGAUCUUGGGACCGAAUAGUGCGGAUCCCGUGACCGGUGAUGCCUUGCAUGCAAAUGAGACCACGGCUUUCGUCAAGAUCUUGGCAUAG